GUUUCCUGUCUACAGUGUCUGUGUAAUGUAGAUAAAUGUGAGGAUUUUCUCUAAAUCCCUCUUCUGUUUGCUAAAUCUCACUGUCACUGCUAAAAUCAGAGCAGAUAGAGCCUGCGCAAUGGAAUAAAGUCCUCAAUAUUGAAAUGUGACAUUGCUCUCAACAUCUCACAUCUCUCUGGAUUUCUUUUUUCUCAUCAUUACUGCUAACAAAUUCAUUUCCAGACUUUGCACUUUCAAGAAGCAAUGGAAAAAAUCAACAGUCUUUCAACACAAUUAGUUAAGUGCUGCUUGUGUGAUUUCUUGAAGGUGAAGAUGCACACUGUGUCCUACAUCCAUUUCUUCUACCUUGGCCUGUGUUUGCUUACCUUAACCAGUUCUGUUGCUGCUGGCCCAGAAACACUCUGUGGUGCUGAGCUGGUUGAUGCUCUUCAGUUCGUGUGUGGAGACAGAGGCUUUUACUUCAGUAAGCCCACAGGGUAUGGAUCCAGCAGUAGACGCUUACACCACAAGGGAAUAGUGGAUGAAUGCUGCUUCCAGAGCUGUGACCUGAGGAGGCUGGAGAUGUACUGUGCUCCAAUAAAACCGCCUAAAUCCGCACGGUCCGUACGCGCCCAGCGCCACACCGACAUGCCAAAAGCACAAAAGGAAGUGCAUUUGAAGAACACAAGUAGAGGGAACACAGGAAACAGAAACUACAGAAUGUAAGAACAUGCCAUCCACAAGAAUGAAGAAUGAAUGUGCCAUCUGCAGGAUACUUUGCUGUAAAUAAAUUAUUUGUUAAACAUUGGAAGACUUAAAAAACCCCUUUGCUUUAAAAAGCUUGAUGCAAUUUCAACCAAUGGGCAUUCUCCCAGUGAACAAUGCAACUAAACAUUCCAAUAUUAAGUCUUUAGAGAACAGAAUAUUUUAACCAGCCCAGAGCUAAAAAAUUUUGUGGUUGAUAUAUUGCUGUUUGUUAACCUGUUUUAAAUGUCCUGCAUGAAACCUGUUGAAGUCCUGUGCCCCUCAAAAGCCUACAAAUUUAUGGGCCUUUGAUGGAUCCAAUUGCACUAAAUUAACCUAUGAACACUGGCUGCUGGAAUCAUUCAUCAGCCUUGUCUAAGUGGUGGUUUUUUUAUUUGCACUUCUUUACAAGCAACAGGCUGUUUGUUUUACAGUGUCUGAAAACAUUGUUUGUCUACCCCUUCAUAUUUGCACAGUUUGACAUUCCCAGUAACAGCAGCAGUAAUGUAACAUAUACAGUUUUAAACAUCCAUUAAUUCCAUCUGUGGCAUUUCGACAAAAUAUGGGUUAUAGAUACAUUUGUUUUAAGACAGUUUUAUUCUUCCUUCUCUUGCAAACAUGCAAUUUUUUUGCAAUUUGUGAGACAAAAGAUUUUUAAAAGCAGUUAAAGCACACAUAGGCUCUCAAACCAGUAAUGAUUCUUCCAGGUAAUUAUUUUGCAACAGUAUAGGUAACUUCUUUCUUCCUCCAUAUAAUGCAGUAUGUAAAAUUUAGCAUAUCAACAAUACACAUAUAUCAAACAGUAUGUAAAAAAAUCUCUGUUUUAUAGUACAAAGGUGCUAUUUUAUAGUUUGUUACAUGAAAGGGUCUGGCCAAAACAGUAAUAGGUAAAAGCAAAUAUGGAAAGACCAAGCCAAAGAUUAAAUAACAAAAUACUUUCAAAAAUAUUCAGCUUAAAUCAACUAAAAAGGCUUCAGAUUUCAACAUGAAAAUAACUUAACCAUCUUCAAAAGAAAAUUCAGAUGCUUGUUUCCUUUCAGAUAUUUGAAGGGUGGUGUUUUGACAUCUGAUUAUGUGGAAUGCAAACUCAUAGAUGUCUAGGCCUAGAGAAGACAAUUUGAAAAAAAGCACUUAAGUGACUUCAAAGAGUAGUCCACCAGGGCCAAUAUUCCUGAAAUAUCAGCAUUCUGUUGAAUCAUAAGGUACUCAAGUCCCCCUCCAUUUUAAUUCUUCCCACAAUCAGAUGUGGCUUACCUGACUUGAGUUGGGCUGCUGCAUCUCUCUGUAAAUCAGAAAAGCUAAUCUAAUCCCAAAUUACUAGCAUAGACUAAAUCCUCAAGGAGAGAUUAACCAUAAUUACACCAUAACUUACAACUGCCAUUCAUGUGCUCUUGUGGGAGACAGAGAUCCCCAGAUAAUCCCUGCCAUGGAACUGUGACAGGCCCUGCAGUGGUUCUACCUUGAAUAACACCUGCAUUUUUGUAAAUCAGCCCAGUGUAGGCUGGCCAAGCUGUGAAGGGGAUAAGCAGCCAGCAGUGAACUUGUCUGUGAGAGAAGGGAAGGCAGAGGAGAACGCACAGUUCCACCCUGUCCAAGAACUCCAAUGUGGCCCCAGGCAACUUUUUCCCCUCACCAUGCUGCAUGUAGUAGGCUCAGGCAAGGGAUGAAGCAUCUCUUGGUCAGCUCCAAAGGGGGUCUGGAAAACAGUGUAUGAAGGGAGCAGUUAGGGAGGUGGCAGAUUAUAGAUCUAUAAAGGAAGUAUCUCCUUUUGAAGGCUGCUGAAAUCUGUCUUACUUUCUACUGCAACAGAGGGAGUCAAUAACUAUUGACUCAAACACAAGAGAAAGUUCUCUCCAGACUGCAUAUGUACAGCCCCUCAAUAGCCCCUUGUGAAACAAGCAGGAAAGGCCAUAAAAGUCUAACAAAUUAUUGUAGUUCCUUUUCUAUUCCCAUAGAAGAUUUGUGGUUUGUAUUUUUAACAAGUGCAAUGUAUUCCUAUACAACUCUUUAAACCCUCUGCUUUCUGUGAGAUGGAUGUCUAUAUGCACAAUAAGCUGCCAUAGCAAUGUAAAAGUAGAACAGUAAAUGAAUAAAAAGAAUAUGUCACAGCUCUCACUGACUGAGAUAGUUAUGUUGAAAAAGGAAGAAAGUAAAGAGAAACAGAUGUGAAAACUAACCUGAAUUAUCUACCACCAAUUCAAUAAACAGAGUUAGCAAUUCUGAUAUCUGUCACAGCUCCUUCAGGCCGUUUUUUGGCAGGGGGGAUGGAGAGGGAAGGACUUUAAUGGCUGUAAGAAUUCUGCAAUGCAAUCUAAGAACAAGCCAUUAUUUUGAUGUCACAGACAUAAUACAUAUUUCCAUUUCAUGCCCCACAGCCCUUUCUAUACCCUGUCUCUUCUGAAGUUCUAAGGGGAAGAGGGAAGAAAGGUGUGAGUGUAAAAAGCAAUUUGCAGAUAUCUGUGGCAGCAAAUUUCUUUAUAGAUAACUUUUUUACUGAUGUGCUUUUAACUGAAUAACUAUACAUCAUUUUGCAUUAAUUCCUGUAAAUUAAUUCAAAUUUUUGGUCUUAUCUUAGAAUUCAUACACUCAUGUUCAUGCCACCAUAUUUCUCCUGUUGAAAAACCAUAAUUAGAAAAUGUCACUCAGUGACAGCAAUAUUUAUCACAAUUUGACGACUGUCUAAACAAAUCAGAACAAUUCUUGAAAGCAACUAAAAUAAAUACAGAAUAGCUGCAAACUUCAAAGACAACACUUUUCUUUACUAGACAAUAAAUUAUAUCACAAAAUGGAAAGUAGCUCCAGCUCCAUAGGUGUGAGAAAUGCAUGGAUAGGGAACGCAUUUUUGUAAGAAGUCUCCAGUCACAUGGCAGGGAGCUCAUGAUAAACCAGUUAGUGUGAAAGAUAAAGGGCUGCAUUAGCUUAAUAAUCGCAAUGAAUCUGCUACUUAAGUUGAAGCAUGAGCCAAAGCACCUUCUUCCCAAAAGUACAAAGCAGCCUGUCUUGAAAAACUUCUAAUUAGAGAAAUUGAAAGGUUCAGCUGGAUUUUUAAAAGCACUCUGGAUAUUUAGGAACAGGGCUCCCACCAGAUGCUACUGGUUCCCAUAAAUCAUUGAAAAGGUAAAGAAAAGCCCAUUUCCCUAUCAUGUAAGUCACAUGACAGAGAUCACUGGUAUUUGCUUUCUAGAAUACACUCAAAACUCCAUCUAUUACACAGAAUAUCACUGAAAUGCAUAAGUAAAAAAGUGAAUUAAGCCUCCUUAUUUUCAGUCAGUCCAAAAAGCACUGCAGAUAUAAACCCACUGAAGUUAGUAUCUUUCUUCCAUCAAGGUAGCAAAAUUUAAGUCUCAUCUCCAUAGUAAACAUAAUUAGUCAUUAGGAGUUCAAAUGGAAAAUUAAUACAUUCUUCAUUCUGCUCUAAAUGUAGUAAUAAACCCACACUUCUAUUUCCAUGAAGGACUUGUACAAGCUCAUUUGCACCAUUCAGCCAAGAGAGACAAGAAAAUCAAAGCCUGGGAUAUUGCACCCAGUCCUAGUAUACAUGAAAAUAGACCCCCUUUUUUCCCAAGGCAGCUUACCAUGUCAAUUCCUUUGGUAAGACUGAGGGGUGAAUUAGUGGUAAGAUUUCCUUACAGAAGUGAAUUCCAUACACAACUAGGAGCCAUGCUCAGUUGUCCCCUGAGCUCCUUGCUCUCUCAGUAUCAAUGGUUAAAGCUGAUUAAUGAAGACUUUAGGCCUAGCACUGUGUCACCUUGGUUCCUCAUUCAACAAGCAAAUGUGUGAUAUGACAAGGUCAGAAAAAUGUAUUUGCAUAUUUGCUUUACCUGUUACUGAUUUGGCCAACAAUGCCAAAGUGGUGCUAUUGUUUUGUUUAAGAAAGUACUUGACUAAAAUAUAAAAGAAAGCAUAAAUAUUUUUUUAAUGUAUUAAAAUAACAAUUACAUAGGUAUGGUUAUUAAAAUAUAAAUAAAACUAGCCAUAACUUUUCAACUUUUUGUCACUCAAAAAACAGCAAAGUAAUCUUACAUUGAUGCAGGUGGGGCAGGAAUAAUAGUCAAAAUGCCAGAAAAAUUCAUAGACUUUAAAUGAAAUUCUGAAUUGCUACCCCAAGUCAGAAAUUCAGAUGAAGAAAAGGGUUAGAAGUCAGGGAACUGAAAGCCUUGAUAUGACUGAGAGCCUUUCAGAUUAUGCCAGUCCUGUAUCAUACCAGAGAUUUUGAAGCCACACUCUAGUCUGAAAUCAGUGUAGAGUUUGGCUUGGUCGAGAUUUUCACUGAGCACACAUUUUUACCUGAUUACUUUCUCACUCAUGGCACAUAAUCCAAAACUUAAUUUUCCUAAAACCGGCAAAAGAUAUAAGUGCAUCCAAAUUUAACAAGGAAUGAAAAAAAUUUCUAAUGGGAAAUUCUUGGGUUUUAAAAAUUCUCAUCAGUUCCAAAUAGUGGGAAAAAGUUGAAAGAUAUGGCUAGCAGUCUGUGAUUUUUUUUAUAUUACUUUAUGUGCUCACUAAGAACAUCUUUAUGUGCAAAAUUUCACAUUUCUUUUUUUUUUUUUUGUUUUUUUGUUUUUUUGUUUUUUUGUUUAGAAAUUAUGCUAAGUUAAGCCCAAAAAUAGAUUCUUGGAACCUAUAGGCCAGAUAGAAUACCUAUGUUGUUCUGAUGAAGGUAUAAUCAAUAUAUUUAAAAUGUUUUAUUUUUAGUCUGAAAAGGAAUAGUAAUAAUUUAUUUGGGGGGAGGUCUACUUAUACUGGUCCCUCUUUUUAGGAUACUAGUCAGUGGAAAUUAGUUUUCUAAACACCCAACUUCUAUUCAAAACAAACAUUUAUUCCUCCCUCUUGAUCCACCCAGCAAACUUAGUUAAAACACUAUUGCAACAUAAUUUUAUUGUUCAUCUGUUUGUUUGGGAGGUUGUUUUGCAUUGAUUCACUUUGUUUUAAUUCUGGGGGCAAGGGGUAAGGAGGAGGAGAUGAGGCAUUCAAGUGUUAUUUUUUCUCUUGGGUACAAUCUGCAUAAAAUAAAGCAUUUUUCUUAAUGAGAUUACUAAAUAUCCAAUUAAUGUGUGGAAGUGGCAUUCAGUAAUGCAGCUAGAUUAAAUUUGUCUUGAAAGAAGGAAAGAAAAAUUUCAACACAAUGUUGUUACCCAUUCUAGUCCCACACCAAACAUUUUGCUUCUGACAGCAUUGGAAUAUUUUACUGGACUAUAAAUGCCCAAACACACAGUAUCUGAUAUACAGAAGUCUUCUAACUUUUUUUAUACAAAGAGUGUUAUGGGAAUGUCUGAAAUCCUAUUACAUACUUCACACAGUAGAGAGAUGCCAUUCUGGCAGAGGCCAAAAUAGGAAGGACCUCCCUGAUGGUUACAUUAGGAAAUCUUACACUAAUUGCAUAAAGGGUGUAGUUGUGUAUAUAUACACAUAUAUAAACACAUAUACAUAUGUAUGUGUAUAUAUAGGCAAUGCUAGAGUGCGUGCAUGUCUGUGUGUGUGCAUGUGUAUAUUAUGCUUUUCUUCUUCCUGUCAAGUAAAAUUUGAAAUGCCUGCUUUUUUCUCUUCAGAUCUAAUGGAUUAUAUUCAGAAAUCCAACUGGAAUCUAAUUUUAGAAGAACAUUGUGUAAUAUGGAUGUCACAAUUUAGAUCCUGUCUUUGUUUUUCAUAUCUAAAGAAAUGACCAGCUAUUUAAACCUUUAGACAUCUCUUCAUUGUCAUCAGGCAAAUAUAUUUAUCUCUUUAGAUACAGAUGAGAAAUACUAGCUCUGAGGACCAUAUUAUAAAAACCUUCAUUAAAAUUUUAUCUUUUAUUUCAUUUUUCUCCAUAAAACUUCUAUUAAGUGUGAUUUCUUUAAGUAUAAGCAUUUCUUCAAAGUAAGAAUAACAGGUAAUAUAAACAGAGCAGAAUGACAACUUCUGUCAUCACCUCAACUAUUAAUUUUUCAUUUAUAUGUUUUUGUAAGAAUAAUUAAUCUCUCUCUACAGCAUCCUUAACUAUAUCAGAAGUGGAAAAGGCGUAGCAAAUUCCUAUAUCCCAAAUUACUUAUAACAAUUAUUGAUUUCUCUGUGUUCUUCAGUAACCUCUUAUUUUGCCAGCUUGGCUCACAAAAGUCAUAAAAAACACCAAUGUGAUACUUCUGCUGCUAAACAUUCUUUCCCACAUGUAUUUAACAUACACCCACCCAAAAUAUCUACAUAUUCACACUUUAUUGAAGUUCUUAAGAAACAAAACAAAUGCAGGUGAGAUAAUUUUCCCCACCAUUUUUUAACUAAAUCAAAUGCAUUUCAUUUUAUUAUAUUUUCCAUUCAUUAGUAUAAUUUUAUUCGUCUAAAGCAGCAACAAAAUACCUGCAGAACAAAAAUUACUCUAUCCUGACAAAUAGGAUCAUGCUUCACCUAUUCAUGUUAAAGAAAAAGGUUUAGCCAGGUAACUAUAUAAACAACUGAUUAAAUGAAACUCAUAUUUUGUAGUGAAAUACUUAACUUCAUAAAUUUAAAAAUCAAAUGGAUGUUCCACCCUUCCUGGCUUACUGGCAUUAACCUGACUUACAGUGUGAAAAAACCCUCACUUUAACAAUGAUCAAAGACAAAGGAUCCAAAACCAACAGAAUGAACUAUCAAUAAAGAGAUAAACUAUUCUUAUUUUGUGCACAGCUAUGAUUUCUAUCCUAAUUUUUACACUAGAAUUUCAAAUGCAGUUGAUAUAAAUAGUGCAUAAGAAUUAUGGUUCUCUUCAUUAUUUCCACUUAGAAACAAGUUUGAAUAUAAUACAGCACAUUCAAGUGACAGUGUGUGAUACAGUGUAUAAAUCAUAUCCUUUCAUUUAUUACCAUUUCUAAGGAAUUAGUCCAACAGAAUUCUAUAGAAAUCCUGAGCAAGGUGAAAAAAUAAUUUUCAAAAGGGUAAUGAUAAUAGUUGCCUGAUUAAGUCUUAUCAGAUAUGAGUCAUAAAAUGCUCCACUGAAAGCACACUGGUACUUCAUAGUGUUCUGAAUAGCUUCACCUGUAGUCUGACACCUCUCAUGGCUUUUUCAGAAUGUGAUGAUUCUGUUUCACAGCUUCUUAAUCCUUGGAGUCUUAGGGUUGAAUAUUAAACAUGUUUAUCAAGACUAAGGAUUUCAGGAAACAAAAUGAAAGUAGAAGAAGCAGCACCACCUGCUGCUGAUAAAUCAUGUAUGAGCUUUCUUUUCUCCCAAAUUACUGCAAAGCCACCCAGAAUGCAAAAGAAGAGAUUAAUAGCACUUGGUUUUCAGGACAGCCUUUCCAUAAGAAGUAACUGUCCUCUCUUUCUUCAGUGCUGGACUUCAAUUGGUAUCCUGACUAAAACUGGGGUUUCCAUGAUGCAAAGCAUGAAUGUGGAUACAUGAGUUUCUGAUUUCACUACUGAAUAAUCCCACUAUUAACAUUUCAAGUCAUUAUAACCAAACAGUGACAAGUGUUAAGUGUUCAUUUACUAGAAACCAUUUAAAUAUCUAUUAAAGUUCUAACUGGA